CGACCGACGACGGCGCAGAGCCCGCACGGCGUCCGUCCAGGUCAACUGGUUUUAUCGCGUCGUCCGUUGCGUGUUUUUCUUCCUUUUAAAUCGUUUUUCCGUCGCCGUUGUUGUUGUAGUUGCUGUUAUCGUCGUCUAAAUAUUUCACACGCCUACCGAACAAAGUGUAGUGUCGCGUGUACAACGGUGUGCAGGUGUUCGUCGAUCGGCAGUUGAUUUUUUUUCGGUCCAUGUGUGUGCAAUACGCUGCACGACGCGUCGCAGGUAAACGAGACAGCAGCACGUUAUAUUAUUAUUAUUAUUAUUAUUAUUACACAGAAGCCCGGUGGUCGUCGGGGUCGGCAAACGAACGCGGUACGACGACGAAGUGUUUUUUUUUCCAUAUUAUUACAUAUUUUCUUCGUUGCCGUUAUUGUAUUUUGUUUAACUGCAGCACACCUGUUGCCCGCGUAAUCGUGUUUUUCGCGGUUUUUCGAGCUAUGCGUUUCGCGACGGUUAUUGCGAAGAUCCCGACGACGUCGAUCGAGGCGGCUGCUGCUGUGGCGGUGGCUAGUCGAUAAACGAGCGCGGUUGUUGAGUGCCGACGACGUUUACAGUUUUGACACUGCGAAACCUACCUACGGUUACCCACCGCUCGUCUCGUAAUUUAACGGUCACCGCCCGGCGUCGCCAUUCGGUCCAUCGUCGAGAUGCUGUGCGCCGAGGAAUUGAUCGGUGGCUUCGACGAAGCGGACGCGUCGGCGUUCAAGUCGCCCAUCCGCAGACUCGGCUCCACCAGGAAGAUACUAUACUUCAACAAUAUCCGCCUCCAGCUUAACGAACAUCUACGAUGUCUGGACAGUCGAGUCGAAGCACAAGUAUCCUUAGUAUCCGAGCUUCAAGAUUACUUCAGAAAGCGGGCCGAGGUAGAAAUGGACUACAGCAAAAGCCUGGAUAAGUUGGCUAAAAGUUUACAACUCCGCCACAAAGAACAAAAACAAAAGAGAGAGCAGUGGUCGUUAUUUACCAGCUACUCGUGUUGGCAGCAACUGGUGUUGCAAACAAAAAAUCUCAGUAAAGAUCACGGAGCGCUCAGUGAGCUUUAUUCCACUCAUCUAGUCAGCAGAUUGUCUCAGGUCACUGAAGAUGUGCAAAGGAUAUAUAAAAGAUGUCGGGAGAUUUGUUACGAAAUCCACGAGGAAAUAUUACGGGUUCUUCACGAACUGCAUACCACCAUGAAAACGUAUCAGUCGUAUCAGACGGAAGCCAAACAGGCAGAAGCGAAGCUUAAAGUGGCUGAAAAUCAAAGACUGAAAAUCGAACAGGCAGUUCCUAAAGAAAAACUCGAUAAGUCAAAAAAAGUUAAACUUAUCGGGAAAGAAGUUCAAAAAAGAAAGAACAAAUACUUCGAUGCCAAACUGAAAGCAUUGAAAGCUCGCAACGAGUACAUUCUGUGUCUGGAAGCAACCAACAGCACAGUGCACAAAUACUUUGUCGAUGAUUUAUCCGAUCUAAUGGACUGCAUGGAUUUUGGAUUUCACCACUGCGUGACCAAAGCUUUAAAGAUGCAAACAUCGGCGGAAGAAGGCCGUAUUCAUUCCAUGCAAGCUGGCCUAGACGCUACUAAUUUAAUUGUCACGGCUAUGGACUCCGGUGUGGACAAACAACGAUUUUUAGAAUUUAACCAUACCGCGUUUAUGAUACCUAAGAAAUUUGAAUUUCAAGGACAAAAAGAUGAGUACGCGGAACCAGAAUUGCAAAAAUUGCUGUGUGCUGAUAUGGAGACGAGGUUGGAGCAGCUGAAUCAAAGAGUUACGAGCCUGCACACGGAGUCCGAUGAGGUGUGGAAAACACUGGCUACCGCUGAAAAAACUCUUUUGGAGAUGCUCACUGCCAACGACUACGAUUGUAGCAAUUAUUUCGGCGAAAAGGCAAUUCCGACGAGCAAACCACCGGAAACCAUUAGUAUUAAGUUGCGAGCAGACAAACACGAGACUGAAGAAUUUUAUCUAACCAAACUACGUGAUUAUCUCAUGAGAACGAGUCGAAUCGUACGUCUAGAUGCCAAACAGCAGCACAUAAACGAAACGUUAACGUCCAUAUGUUGCAAGCGUCCCCAAAAUGGCAACGUCGAUCUGACGCCCGCUAAACUGACGCCUCAGCGACCGCUGCACAAACCGAUUGUCCGAAGGAAAAGGAUAGGCAGGCUACAGAUGAACGGUCAACCAAAACUGUUUGGCGGGUCCCUGGAAGAAUAUUUGGAUGCAACGAAUCAAGAGAUACCGUUGGUAAUUAAGAGCUGUAUUCGAGUGAUAAACUUAUACGGUCUUCACCAUCAAGGAAUUUUUAGAGUGUCCGGCUCGCAAGUAGAAAUCAACAAUUUCAAAGACGCGUUCGAGAGGGGUGAAGACCCGCUUGCUGAUAUGACAGACGCCUCAGACAUAAAUUCCGUGGCUGGAGUGUUGAAAUUGUAUUUACGUGAACUCCGAGAACCUCUGUUCCCAAUUAUUUAUUUCGACCAAUUUAUGGAACUUGCACAACUCGAAUCACGUCAUAAAUUUGUGUUGAAGAUUAAAGAACUCGUUCAAAGCUUUCCAAAUCAAGUGGUUGUCAUGUUGAGAUAUUUAUUUGCGUUCCUAAACCAUUUGUCCGAGUUCAGCGACGAAAACAUGAUGGAUGUUUACAAUCUGGCCAUUUGUUUUGGUCCGACAUUAGUGCCGGUACCCGAAGAAAAAGACCAAGUUCAGUACCAGAACCUGGUCAACGAUCUCAUAAAAAAUAUAAUUCUAUUCCACGAAGACAUAUUCCCGUCGCCGUCGGAUAUCGGCGGGCUUGUGUACGAAAAGUACAUAUCCCGCGAGCCCGAUGACGUGGACGUGGGCGAUUCACCUUCUGACCAUGCCCAAGAGGACAUCGACUCUGAGGUUUACCCAUCAGAAGACGAAUGUGAAAGUCUCGAGGCUAUAGCACAGCAUGAUUUUGUUGCUCGAUCAGAACGGGAAUUAAGUUUCAAGAAGGGUGAAACUAUUGCUCUUCAUACUCAAGUUUCUGGAGAUUGGUGGCGUGGUUGUGUCAACGGUCGAGAAGGUCUUAUACCGGACAAAUAUAUACUUCUUAAGAUCAGGGACGAAGAACGCGAGAAACCUGCGGCCGAACCCUGCGCCAAGUCCAUCACGUCCUCGGACGAUUCGACCAGACGGCGGACAUCCAGUUCCAACGAUUCGGUGCUGUCCGAAUCAGCUGCUUCCGGUUAUUCUUCGCCACCGCUGGCCGACGUGCCGUGGCCACCGAACUCGGCAGGCUCCGGAACAACGGCCGGAAGGAACUCGGCGUCGUCUUCCCCGCACCGCCGGGCUCUGGCCGAUGCGCCCACUCACGAGAUGGGCAGCACCGACAGCUUGGACUCGGGAAAGGACUCGGCGUUGGACGAACAGUCGCCUUUACACGAUGGCAUCCCGAGGGCCCCCUGCAAGCAGCAACCGCCGAUAGCGGACGGGCGGCGGAAACGAGCGGAAAAGUACUCGACGUCGUCACCUCCACCCGUUGCGGCCCGCGAACACCACAACCGGUCAAAGUCGGCGGACUGUUGCGGCGUCAGUGGCGGCGAAGAAGACGGUUCGCGGGCCAAAACACACGCCAAAAGCCUGAGCGUGGGCGACGACUCGUUUGACCACAAGAUCCAGCUAUGGCGGAAGCGGGCAGACUCGCAGGGAUCCAUCGACCGGAAGCCGAUGCCCGCCGUCCGACAUCAGCUCCAGCAACACGCCGCCGACAUGAAGGGUACCGGUGGCGCCCCUGAUCUGGUCAUGGACCUUCCAGCCAGGACUUCCGGCGGCGGGGUGGCUCCUCAGGACUCGGCGCCGGCUACGACCCAAGAACCCGACAGCCCGGACAUGGGCACUGCCGCAGAGCGUUUCGCCAAGCAGAACCAGUGCACGUUGAAGAAGUACAGCAAACCAUUGCCCGCGGUGCCGCAGCUGGCAAACGGCGGUGGAGACAAGCCCGAACUUCCGCCCAAGUCGACCAAGCCUCCGCUCAAGGCCAAGCCACAGAUAUUCAAAAAACCUGUCUUCCUCGCGGCCGGUAAGGCCAACGAUGGACCGGCUCCACCACACCACCCUUAGUAGUAUCUUUCUAUAUCUACGUACGACCACCACCUACAUACUUACCGCAAUCGGUGGUUCGACUUCCGGUUUUGAUUUCUGAAUGCAAAACUCUAAACGUUCCACCUCCCGAAAAUAUGGACACAUAUAUUAUACGACCGCCGACAACAAAUAACGUCAAUAAAAUGUAUUUGAUAUUUUUUUUGCGUUAAAGUAGGGAUAUCUAUCCACCCUCUAUCGACUGUUCCCUGUGAUCCUUCUUAGUUAGCAGCCACUCGUCAACCCACCCUUAACCGUAUGCAAUAUAGUAGGUAGCUACAAUCAAUGUGUUGUCCAGUCGCAUCCAUUGAUUAUUUAACUUUUGGUGCAACGGUCGUUCCUGUAGUAUCAUUACAAUAUAAUAUAAUAUGUCACCUGCAGUCACCACCAUUGAUGUGAUCGUUUUAUAUAUCCACGAUAACGUUACCCGUAUAUCUUAUAAUAACAUACCUAAUAAUAUUUAUAAUAUUCGAUAAAUGGUCAUUCUUUUUUCAAACCUUUUUUAUAAAAAAUAUUUAUGAUAUAUAAUAUAUAUUUAUUUAAACAUUAUUUUUAAUCGAUAUUAUAUACUACCCAUAUGAUAUUAUUACAAUACGUCGUAUUUUAGUCAUUUCAACUCUACGUGUGCUGUCAUUCGUGUGCGUGUGUGCAGUUUCCUACGUCCCCGAUUGUUUACACGAAAAUAUUAUAUACAAAUAAUCAUAAUAUUUACUAAAUCGAACCUGAUCUCAUGUAUUAUAAUAAAAUAUACACCAAAAAUAAUUAUUCAAAGUUACUACUCGUGCAUAGAUUCUGCGGACGGAGUUUUUAUGCGACAACGCGAAGGCCUAAUAUAAAUUUAUUUAUUUUUUCGAUUUACGCUCAAAUCGCGUCUGAGGACUAAAUAAUAAUAAUACCAUAUAUACAUGUAUGUAAACGUAAUUUACUAGAGCCCGUUUGGUUUGUUCGGACAUUUUUUGAUCGAGGCUGUGUUGAAUGGCACUCAAUAUGAAACGCUCUCAACCGAGACCUGCCACGAACGUCUGAAUUCCGAGAGGAUCGCACCGCGCAGCUCCCACGUGGACAAUAAAAACGUAAUGAAUUGUCGAGCUCAUUGAAUUGCGUCGAGACUGAAAAUAUUUUCGUGCUUUUACCCUUUUUACAAGUGGAACGAGACUGAUUGUAUAGUAUUUUAUGAAGAGAUCAUGAUAAUAUAAAUGAUUUGUAGAUUUUGUUUUGUACGCGGAAUUCAAGGGAAAAAUGUGAGUCAAACUUUAUGUUUAAGUGAUGUCCAAAUUGGUACCUGUGUCAAAUAUUAAUUAAUGUUCCGUUCCGUUUUGAACCGAUCUGUUCGUGUGUAAUAUUGUUUAUUCAUUGUAAAGGUAUAAUACCCCCAUCAGGACACCAAUAACGUUACACUGAAACAUUACAAUAAUAGUUAAUAAAUUCUUUUGGGCGAAGAUACUAAGGGACGAGGGCCAUAUUUUAUAGGACCUAGAGGUAAUAUAACUUCCCGCCCAAUAAAAUCGUAUAAAAUCUAAUUCACUGUUGUGCGAUUAUUUUGUUUUAUAAUACACUAUUAACAUAUUAUGUUAUACCUAUUAAUUAGUAGCUAUGUAUAAUAUAAUAUUAUAGGCAUUCCCUUCUAAACGGCCCUCCUCCCAUUUUUGAUCCUGGUUUCGUGCCAGUAUUUGUUUCCUCUGCGAUAUUUUAUAAAUCGUCUUCAUUUGAAAUAUAUAUAAAUAUAUGAUAUAUUAUAUACCUUUAAUAUUAUAUAUUUAAUAAAAUAUGAUUAUAUUAUAUCUAAGCGUACUUCCCGAAAAGAUUUUGCGUACUUGCAUCAAAAUCGUAUUAUUAUUUUUUUUUUUUAAAUUGUUGUAAUAUUAUUUUUAUUAUUAUUAUUGUCAUUAUUAUAUUUUAUGUUGCUAUUCUUUGGACGUGUAAAUAUGUUAACGUGUGCAUAACGACUUGUAAACGCCAACACAUUGGCCUACCGAAAUGUAUUUUCCAUUUUGACAUUGUUUUAAAACCGUUAUUUUAUACAUGAAUUCAUUAUUUUAUGUCGACAGGGUGAUACCAUAAACAUACUCGUCCUCCGCCAAAAUUUGCGAUUUAUGUAAUAUUGUUCUACCCAUAAAAAGUAUUUUUUUAAAACGAUUAUUACUAUUAUUAUUAUUAUUAUUAUUAUUAUUAUUACUAUUAUUGCAUUAUUGAUAUAAUUAUGUUACGAUCCGCGUAUAAAAUUCUAAAAAAAAGAAAAAUUAUUUAUUUUUUACGCUAAAAUAAAAAUAACGUUUGAUAUUGCCGCAAAAUAUCCCCACACAUUGUGUCAAAUAAUAGGUGUACCCGCGUGACGUUCCGUCGAAAUAUAACAAUAUUAUUUUCGUUCCUAUAUUAUAUUAAUAAUAUUAUGUAACAUAGAUAGUUCAAUACCGAUUCGGUUGCCAAACGUUCCCCUAUUUUUGUACGCGCUCCCGAUUUGUGUCUCCUGUACGCCAAAUGUCUUGUUUUUAUUUAUAUUUAAAAUAUGUACGUACGUUGUAUCCAAGUACUCUGUAUCUCGUUCUCUCUCCAACUGUCAUUGUGCAUCUGUUUGUAUUCUCUCUCUCUCUCUCACUCUGUGUCUCUCCGUACAUGUUUAAAGUAUUUAAUAAAUAACAUUAUAUAUUAAUACGCGUAUGCAUGUGUGACCCAGCGUGUGUGUGUUUAUAUAUUAUUAUCGUUGUCGUCCUCGGUAUUAAUUAUGCAACGACAUGCGAUCGCCGUAUGUAACCCGGAAAUGCAGUUAAAUAGUAGAAUCGUCGUAUUGCACUACGAGCAGCGCAGAUGGACACCGACUGCAUUGUAGUCAAUGCAUUGUGUUCAGGAUUUUUCUGGCUGUUUGUGAUGACCCUAAUCGCUGAUAUUACUCGUUUUUGUUCCAUCGAGGGCGGUCCCCAGUCGUUUUUUCAACUUUUUAUAUUAUUUGUUUCGACGAUAAAUUAAUUACCUAGGUAAUUAAAAAUCAUUGAGCAAUAUUUAGAUCCUUUUUGAAUAGAAAAAUUAAUAUACUCGUAGAUUUUAUGCUGAUUAUCAACACCCGCAGAUAGAUUUUCUAGUAAAAUUUUUUUUGCGGCCCGAUUAUCGACAACCAUCUUAGCGAUCAAACUGUAAGUGAGCUCCCUCUCCCCUCUGGGCAUGAUUAAAUUGGGCUUCUCCUAGAUUGUAUUGUUUCGCAGAAGAAAACUGAGAAAAUACGGACGCUCGUAUGAGGGAUAGUAAUUAAUCGAGUUGAAAACUUUCCGAUUUGAUGACGCGCAACGGCCGUAGAAUUAAUAGGUGUGUGCGGCCAAAAUCAGUGGCUGGAUCGAAGGUCGGGUGUUUCAUGAUUUCUUUUUAAUCUCUGAUUAAAAAAAACUGUCCUACUCACGGUUUUUACGCGAAUUCUGGCUUUUUAUUAUUUCAUACACAUACCCCACCGACUAUUCUACAUACUGUGUACG